CCUAAUGGAGUGAACCAUUCCCAGCUCUUCCCCCCUCUCUCUCCGAGCCUCUCUCUCUCUCUCUCUUUCUCUCUCUCUCUUCCUCGCUCCCUCUCUUUCUCUCCUCCCUCUGCCUUCCCCGUGCAUAAAGUCUCCGUCGCUCUUGGAACUUGUUGGCAAUGCCUAUUUUUCAGCUUUCCCCCGCGUUCUCUAAACUAACUAUUUAAAGGUCUGCGGUCGCAAAUGGUUUGACUAAACGUAGGAUGGGACUUAAGUUGAACGGCAGAUAUAUUUCACUGAUCCUCGCGGUGCAAAUAGCGUACCUGGUACAGGCCGUGAGAGCAGCGGGCAAGUGCGAUGCGGUCUUUAAGGGCUUUUCGGACUGUUUGCUCAAGCUGGGCGACAGCAUGGCCAACUACCCGCAGGGUCUGGACGACAAGACGAACAUCAAGACCGUGUGCACAUACUGGGAGGAUUUCCACAGCUGCACGGUCACAGCCCUUACGGAUUGCCAGGAAGGGGCGAAAGAUAUGUGGGAUAAACUGAGAAAAGAAUCCAAAAACCUCAACAUCCAAGGCAGCUUAUUCGAACUCUGCGGCAGCGGCAACGGGGCGGCGGGGUCCCUGCUCCCGGCGCUCCCUCUGCUCCUGGUGUCUCUCUCGGCAGCUUUAGCGACUUGGCUUUCCUUCUGAGCGCGGGGCCGGCUCCCCCCGUGCGCCCACCCACUCACUCCAUGCUCCCGGAAAUCGAGAGGAAGAUCCAUUCGUUCUUUGGGGACGUUGUGAUUCUCUGUGAUGCUGAAAACACUCAUAUAGGAUUGUGGGAAAUCCUGAUUCUCCUUUUUGAUUUCGUUGGGUUCCUUGUGUUUCAUUUGCCAAAUGUUACCAAUCAGUGAGCAAGCAAGCACAGCCAAAAUCGGACCUCAGCUUUAGUCCGUCUUCACUCAAAAAUAAGAAAACGGCAAACCCACCCC